AUGAACGAAUAUGGUAAACAACUUAUCUCAAAUCAGCCUAUCAUAAUUGACAAUGGAAGUGGAUAUAUAAAGUCUGGAUUUGCUGGGGAUGAUAUUCCUAACCUUGUAUUUCCAUCAUAUGUGGGGAGGCCAAAAUAUAAACGAGUCAUGGCAGGAGCAGUGGAGGGAAAUAUAUUCGUAGGGAAUAAGGCGGAGGAGUACAGAGGCCUUCUAAAAGUAACGUACCCUAUAAAUCACGGCAUUAUUGAAAACUGGAAUGAUAUGGAAAAUAUUUGGAUUCAUAUUUACAACUCGAUGAAAAUAAACUCAGAGGAGCACCCCGUACUUCUAACCGAAGCCCCACUAAAUCCUCAGAAGAAUAAGGAAAAAAUCGCAGAAGUUUUUUUCGAGUCUUUUAAUGUUCCUGCACUGUUUAUCUCUAUUCAAGCCAUUUUAUCUUUAUAUUCCUGCGGGAAAACCAAUGGUACAGUCCUCGAUUGUGGGGAUGGGGUAUGUCACUGUGUGUCCAUUUACGAGGGAUAUAGCAUAACGAACACAAUCACCAGAACUGAUGUCGCAGGUCGAGAUAUUACAACUUAUUUGGGAUACCUUUUGAGAAAAAAUGGACAUUUAUUUAAUACCUCAGCUGAAAUGGAAGUUGUAAAAAGCAUGAAGGAAAAUUGUUGUUACGUAUCUUUCAACAUGAGCAAGGAAAAAAAUUCAUCUGAGAAGGCCCUCACAACUUUACCUUACAUACUUCCCGAUGGAUCUCAAAUACUGAUUGGUUCGGAGAGGUACAGAGCCCCUGAAGUUCUUUUCAACCCAUCUAUCCUUGGGUUGGAAUAUUUAGGACUGUCCGAACUUAUUGUUACAUCAAUAACGCGAGCGGAUAUGGACUUACGAAGGACCUUGUACUCCCACAUUGUGCUGUCUGGUGGCACAACGAUGUUUCAUGGAUUUGGAGAUCGAUUAUUAAACGAAAUAAGGAAAUUCGCGCCAAAGGAUAUUACAAUUCGAAUUAGUGCCCCACCUGAAAGGAAAUUUAGCACGUUCAUUGGGGGAUCGAUUUUGGCAUCUUUAGCUACUUUUAAAAAAAUAUGGAUUUCGAAACAGGAAUUCGAUGAAUAUGGCUCUGUGAUAUUGCACAAGAAAACUUUUUGA